AUGGGCAUCGUGAGCAGCAGACCAGAGGAUGGCGCCCCCAUCUAUCUGAGGGACCAGAAUCGAUUGUCCAUAUCCUCCGUCAUCAUAUCCAAUCCUCGCAAGCGCUCAUCUAUUACCGUCGUCCCGAACUCGUUCCCUGCUACUCGAGCUAUUGCGACGCGAACCUUAGGCGACACUGGCCCCGUAGACUUCAUUCAGGACAAUGAGCCUUCUGCCACACCCAACUUCCUCCUCAAAUUAAACAACGAGGACGAGAUCGUAUUUACUUUUACUUUUGUCAUUCGUCACGAGAAUACCGGCGGUGCAUCCGAUACCAGCAUCAAUGGCCUCACAUAUGUCUACGCUUCGACAAGCAGGGAAGUUGAGAACCUAGUUACUCGGGAAUUUCAUGCGGAUCCGAAUCUACACAAGAACGCCAACGUGCAGCUAGUAGGCGACUAUACCACAGGAGGAAGCUCAUCGGUGUCUUUCGAAUGGUCAUGGAAAUGGAAACCACCGAAGGGCUUGGAGGAUCGAGGGGGCGGCUGGAGGAAUGCAUGCAGCUUUGUCGAGUACGACCAGAGGGCCCACAGGCUGGACACGCUCGCCAGCUUCUCAUUCUGGGUUGCAAACACCUCUUAUUUUCCAAGCCAUCCGAGUUCGCCUUCUCCCGUUUUUCAGCUGGCUGUACCGCCUAAGAUUCGCGUCGCCUCCUCUCAAUCGGUAGAUUCCCGUAUCAGUGAACAAGACGAGCCUGGCUCUCCCCUCAACCUUCAACAAGAUCCAACAUGGGGUGGGCCUGCCCAAUCCAACGCCUCGCGUGACGCUGUCAAAGUUGAUAUCGCUUGCCCACGGCCGGGGGACGACAUGACGGUCAGCGACGACGGGCCCGUUUUCAGAGCCACAAUCAAAGCACUAGAACAAAAGACGGGCAACUUGAGGUCGCAGAUGAAAAGGGUUUUGAAAAAGGCUGAGCAGGCCCAUGCUGCUCAAAUCGAAUCAAAUGAUGCUUUUGUGGGUUUCAUAGACUCGCUACGAGACGCAUCUUCCACCAACGCGAAUGCGGUUCGGCCUGCGUUGGAGCACUAUUUCGAUAGAAUUGCGCGGGAAAUACUCACGUACGAGAGGCAGAACACGACAAACCUGCAAAAGAUAAUCAUCGAUCCUAUCAGCAAGUUAUACACAUAUGACAUAAAGCAAGCUGAGAGCAAAAGGAGGGACUUUGAGGAGGAGAGCAAGGACUACUACGCCUAUGUUUCACGCUAUUUAGGCCAACGGCAGGACUCGGUCAAGACGAAGAAACUUGCCGACAGUGACACCAAAUACCAGACGAAGCGCCGAAAUUUUGAGCUGAAACGCUUCGAUUAUUCGUCCUUUAUGCAGGACCUGCAUGGGGGUCGCAAGGAACAAGAGGUUCUGUCACACCUGACAAAAUAUGCCGAUGCCCAGGCCCGGAGCUUCUUGACAACAGCCAAGAAGAUUGACGGGUUGCUACCGCAACUCGAGGCUCUCUCCAACGAGGUGCAGGAAGCCGACAAGGACUUCCAAUAUCAACGACGCGAACGAGAGGAGAAGAGGCGUGUAUUAGAGAAGAGCAAUUUGCAGUAUAAUGAGCCAGAGACGGCGACCUCGACGACGACCAACGUCAGCGCCGUGCCCACCACCACCACCACGACGAACGGGAAUCCGAUGAACUCGGACUCGGAGCUUGGUCGUGCUGACAGCACCGGCUCGCAGCUGAAAGUCACAAACACGGGCAACUCGGGACCAGUGGCUCCGGGGGCUACCGAUCUGUCGCGGUCACCCGGUAGUCUGUCGGCGGCCACUAGCCCAGCUCAAAACAACAAAUUCAGAGGAAUAAGAGAUCUGGAGGAAAGGGACUUGACUCAAAUGACCAUCGCAGAGAAGACCUCGACGCACCGCAAGGAAGGACUUCUCUGGGCUCUCAACCGGCCUGGCAGCCACGUUGAUCCUCGGGCGCUGACCAAGCAGCAGGGCUGGCACAAGUUCUGGGUUGUACUUGACCAAGGAAAGUUGUCCGAGUACAGCAAUUGGAAGCAGAAGCUUGACCUUCACAUGGAUCCUAUUGAUCUGCGUAUGGCUUCCGUCCGUGAAGCUCGAAACGCCGAACGACGAUUCUGCUUCGAAGUCAUCACGCCAUAUUACAAGCGUGUAUAUCAGGCGACCUCGGAUGAAGAUAUGAACAGUUGGAUUAUCUCCAUCAACAACGCCCUACAGAGUGCUGUUGAGGGGCGUGGUCUCAAGGACGCGCCGUCGACAGCGUCAUCCUCAACGGGCGAUUCAUCAGGUUUCAAGCGAGAUAUUGGGUCCGUGUUGACGGGCAAGAGCAGUUCGCUGAACCACGGCCACGGUCUUUCUCACGUGCCGCACAGCGGUUCCACUGCUGCCGUUCCAUCCCGCCGCACGACGGUCGGGGCGCGGCCUGUCGCUUCUCAGCGGACACCGAGCGGUACGUACGAUGAUAGCCCGGACAAGCUAUUGCAGAUGCUUCGCGAAAACGACCAGGGCAAUUGCUGGUGUGCCGACUGCGGAUCGGGUUCCAAGGUCGAGUGGGUCUCGAUCAACCUAGCCAUCAUUCUUUGCAUCGAAUGCAGCGGAAUCCAUCGUUCGCUGGGAACGCACAUCAGCAAGGUCCGAUCUCUCACCCUAGACAUCACAUCCUUCACUCCCGAUAUUAUCGAGCUGUUGCUACUUGUUGGAAACCGUGUCUCCAAUAUGGUCUGGGAGGCAAGGCUGGAUACAAAUCUGAAGCCAAGCCCGCAAGCCACUCGAGAACAACGGCUAAGAUUCAUCACGGCCAAGUAUGUGGACAGGGCCUACGUGGAGCCAAUAUCCGCGACACUGUCGAGGUAUCCCACUGCGGAUGAUACACUUCUUGCGGCCAUCAAACGCAAUGAGAUCCAGCAAGUUAUAUAUGCCUUGGCCCUGAAAGCCAACCCCAAUGUACCCGAUAGAUCUAGAGGCACUCACCCGGUCUUUCUCGCCCUAGCGGCUGCAGACCCUGCACCGCCGUCGCCAACAGCGACACCAUCAAGCGGACGCCCUGAGUCUGAUGUUCGGUCAAUACCGUUCCCCAUCGCGGAGAUGUUGAUACAGAAUGGUGCAGAAGUGCCUAUGUCCAUGCCAGCCUUUCCGCUGAGCCUCAGUGCUCAGCAGUAUAUUGACCACAAAAGGGGCCGCACUGCCGCGAUAGAAGCGAUCGGCUCAUCAUUACCAGCAAACUUGAGCCCCAGCCCGAGCGAGCGGCUGCAACGUGAUAAGGACCGUUUACAGAAACGCAUCAGCGCCGGGGGUCGAUUGGCCAAGUCGCCGAUACCUGAACGAUAG